CUUCUUCACCCCCAGAAACCUCUCCAGCUUCCCCAAAGCAUUGAGCCCAAUCUCAAUGUCGGAUUUCGAUAAUCCCAGUUCCCAAAAUGCCCUCCAACUCUCACAGAAUUACCCAGUGCCCCUCUCCCCGCCUCUGCCGUUGAUCUCAAAGAACAUGGAGCUAGCGAGAGCCAUGUCGGCUUCGUCCAAAUCAAGCCUCUUUUCUCUUUCGAGAAACGACGUCGUUUAUGAGGAUCAGUGGCUUACUGUUGUGAACAAGCCUCAGGGGAUUUACUGUGAGGGUGUGCUGGAAUCGGUACCUAAGUUCCUGUUUAACUCGGCCGAGUCAGUUGCAAGGGUUGAAGGGAAAGCGCCGGAGCUACAUCUUGCAAAUAGGCUGGAUAGGGACACUAGUGGAGUGAUGAUAAUAACCAAGUCACAUAAGGUAGCUGCCAAACUUGUCAAGGCGUUUACUGAUCAUAAAGUGUCGAAAACGUACAUUGCACGCUGUGUUGGUGUAGCUCCGAAAUGGGAAAGAAUCACUGUUAAAUCAGGUCAUGGUCGGUCGAAGUUUGGGGCGUGGAGGGUGUAUGCUGCUUCGAAUGUAGGGAGGGGACUACCAGGUGGAUCGGUUGUGAGAGACAUGGAGACGUCGUUUGAGGUUGUAUCGAUAAAUGGACAAGGGAGCUUCAAGGAGCCAUCUGAGUUUAGACCAGAUUAUGAUAAUGUUGUAGUGGUUGAAGAGAAGUCUGUAAUUGAUGGAAAUGCAAAGAAGGAUGAGAUUCUGGUUAGAGCACGUCCUCGGAGUGGAAGGACGCACCAAAUCCGUCUGCAUUGCCAGUAUCUUGGAAUUUCGAUAAGAGGGGAUGUUAAGUAUGAGGGUGUCUACGAGUGGAAUGGGACAACAUAUGAGGGCCAUGAACUUCAUGCAGAAAGCUUGUCUUUGGAGCACCCUAUUACUGGUCUUCCUGUGUUAUUUCGUGCACCCCUGCCAUCUUGGGCCAUCCAGGCUUUGCAGCCAUAGUUACGUUUGGAGGUUCUUGAUGUUAGUUUGCUUUUCAUGCAUAGAAGGAGAAGUCUUAAGAUAAAAUCCUGGUGUAGUUUACUAUGCACUGACUGGAGUUGAUUCCAUUUGAAAGGGGCUAACAUGUUUAGAUUUUCCCAGAGUGCAAUGCUGUUCCCAUUUUUACCUCAUUACAGUUAGUUCUCGAGAGAAGGUUUGAUGCCGAAAUUGAGCUGUCAUAUGCCUUCAGUUGCCGCAGCAGCAUCCUUGUCAUAUGAGGUCCUUAUACUCAGGUUUGAUUGAUGAUACAGGCAGAAUGGGUGUCAUGACUACUCUUGUAAGUAACGAGUUGCAAGGAAAUUCUUAUUAUCUUAUAUGCCAUUUUCUUCACGAA